ACAUCAAGCUAACGGCUAUAUACAGGAGAUCAACCAACCCCUCCUGUCGACUUGCUAGCUAGAUCCAACAUUAAUGUUCUGAUGGUGUUAUUCGGAUAUUCGUGGUCUCUCACACAUGCUCGUGGUGUUCUGUGCAUAAGACAUGCAGAACGGAUAUAACGAGAUUGGGUUUGUGCAGCAAAUUCUUAGCUUGAAUUUGGUCCCAAGGAAAAAUGGCACCAAUCGAGGCAACGACACAUCGCUUAGCGACUUCUCAGGUGAGAUUCAAUCAAUAGCCUCUCUCUGUUGUACGUUAGCCAGUUGAACAACAUUAUAACGUACAUUUUUCGUUAACUAUUAUCCAGGUAACCGAUUUAACGUAGCUAAUACUACUUAGUGAGCUACCACAUUCAUAUAGACUCUAAACCUAAACUAAGGAGUAGCGUUUGGAUCCUUACCGUAGUCCAUUAUUAUUGGGCUACUUAGCGAGCUAGAUAGCUACUAGCAAGAUAAAUUAACAUGGCUACUGUAGCUAGCUAUUGUGAAUGCUAAACAAGUAGCUACCUAGCUAACGUUAGAUGGCUAGCUAAUCAAGUGCUAGCUAGCCAGCUGGCAAUAACAACAAUAUUAUUGUACAAAACGGACAGCUUUAAAUUGCCCAUAAUUUUAUCUAAUCCGAGUAGCCAUCAGUUGUCUUUUUUUAGAGAAAACGUUGUGUUUUGUGUGAAGGAAAGGUUAUUCUCCAGAGUGUGAGUGAGUGAGACAGAUUUAUAUAAAUGUGUAAUCGUUAGCAGCUUGGAUUAUUUUGCAGGGUGAUUUUGGGGUCAGUUUUACAUAAUGAAUACUAUGGGUACUGGGUAGGGUAGUACUGAAUUCAGAAGACGUGUCAGGCAACAGGCAUGUGUAAAGUCUGUAAACUCUGCUAAACAUAGCUAGGCUAUGUGAUACUGCUUACUUCCUUUGUGCCUUUGUCCCUCUUUCCGUUCUCAGAGAUGUGGUAUGGAGUCUUCUUGUGGGCUGCCGUCUCUUCACUGGUGUUCCACCUCCCUGCUGCUCUCCUGGCCAUUGCCACCUUGCGACAACACAAGAUAGCCCGCUUCAUACCCAUCGCCAUCAUACUGAUGAGUAUUGUGGGCCCUGUGUGUGGCGGUGUCCUUACCAGUGAGUUACUCACCUCAUGUUCUGAUAAACCAGCAACAUAAUCCAUUAUUGUACACAUAUAGCCAUCAUCACCACUCGUUGAGUCAGUGUUCAAAUUAUUUUAUACUUUGAAAAACAAAACAAUUAUUUGUUCUUUGUGCAUGUAGGUGCCGCCAUUGCUGGGGUGUACAAAGCAGCAGGGAAGAGGAUGAUCUCCUUGGAAGCCUUGGUGUUUGGAGUGGGCCAGUCCUUCUGUGUCCUCAUUAUCUCCUUCCUCAGAGUCCUAGCUACACUCUAGCACUGGGACACAGGAACUCGAGGGGGGAGAGAACAUGCAAUCAGCAGGACGGCAUAUGCAAGACACAGCUGUUCCUUCAGAGGCCUUAUUUUCUAUAACCGUUACCGGAUUACUUUAUUUGCCAAAGUGGUAUAUUUCAGGGCUGGCCAGGGGCUCUCUGUUUUUCUAUCUGUGUUUGUUUUCAUUCAGAUUGUUGUGUGUGUGGUGCUAUUGCACUAUACUCGGGAACAGGCCUUCUCAUUUUGUGUGUUCUAGAUGUAUCAUACACAUGGCUGAAAGUGAAACAUUCCAGCAUGCAGGAAAUUUGUGCUCUACAAUUUGGACGAGUACACUCCAUUUACUGUCUCAAUAGUUCCACAGCCUGGUAAAGACUACAAGUCUGAUGUGCAUGCCUUCAGACAAACACUAAAGGAGAGCAUUCUCCGCUCUGUUCCACCACAGAUCAAUCAGCUUAAAUACAAUGUCUUGACUGUGAGGUGUGAUGUAUUCACAAUGAGGCACAGUGCUCGAUGAUAUUGCUAUUGAAAUAUAAAUAUCUAAGUCAGACAUAGCUACAACUUUAAGCUUUGUGUUAUUUCCACGUGUCUCUUUCUCUCCAUAUUCCAACUUGGCGUGUGUAAAAAAAAAAAAAAAAAA